AUGCUACGAUGACUUCCUGUUUACGCAGCUCGCUCCUGAUUGGACAGAGCUGAUUGGUGCUGACUGGUGCUCAGAUUAACCCUCAGUUCCUUUACCUGUUUCUUGUUAGAAAGGUGAACCACAGUGAGGUGAUGAUCACCUGUUGUGUUCUGUACAGGUAAAGGACGGAGACACCAGGACAAAAUCCCCGUCAAAGCAGCUGCACUGAGAAACAAUCUGGUUUCCAUGUGGUCGGAGUACGUUAAAUAGUUUAUUCACACAUGCCCUCUGCUGUAUUUAAUAUCAUUAAACUUAAAACAAAUGUCACAGUGUCACGGCCUUGUUUAUUAUUCACAGCCUCUGCCGGACCGGUGUGGAGUCCGAGCGGAGCGUCGUCCCGGACAUGUUCCGGCUCCGCUCCGGUGUGAACGGCGUGCAGGCAGGAGGAAGCCGUGCAGGAAGUGUUGAGCAUGUGUCGGAGCUCUCAGACUCGAGUCAUGAAGUGCGUCGCGGUGCUGCUGGUUCUGUCUCUGCUCUCCCAUCACACCGACGGAGUCCGCAUCCUCGACACCCGACAUCAGAACCGGAACUCUUCACACGUGCUUCUGCUCAUGGACCCGUCCGCGGCCAUCCGCCGGGUGGAUCCGCGCUUUCUGUCCGUCACCAUCGAUGCCAGCCUGGCUUCAGAGGAGAAGUUCAUGUUCCUGUUAGGGUCUCCAAAGAUCAGGACGUUGGCGAGAGCGUUAACUCCAGCCUUUCUGCGAUUUGGGGGGACCAGACAGGACUUCAUGGUGUUCAGCCCUCGCAGGCAUCAGCCACACUCAGGUUCCACUGCAGGACAACCCUGUGAGGACCUGGAGCUGCCGUCGUGGCUGGAGGACAGGCUGAAGAGCCAGUGGACAGAGCAACAAGUGAUCCUGAUGAGGGAAGAGCGGCAGAGGAAGUACAGAAGAGUGAAGUUCACAGAGUACACUGUGGACCUGCUGUACUCCUUCACCAACUGCUCCGGGAUGGAUUUGAUCUUCGGGCUCAACGCUCUGCUCAGAACAGCCGACAACACGUGGAACAGCAGCAACGCCCGCUCGCUGCUGCAGUACUGCGAGUCCCGGCGGUACAGGAUGUCCUGGGAGCUGGGAAACGAGCCAAACAGCUUUGAGAAGAAGGCGGGGAUUCGGGUGGAUGGACGUCAGCUCGGACAGGAUUUUGUCCGUCUCAGAGAGAUGAUGUCAGAAUCCAGACUGUACCAGAGCGCUGGACUGUACGGGCCGGACGUCGGUCAGCCACGAGACCACCGGACUGACUUACUGAAGGGGUUCCUGCAGACCGGAGCUGAGGCGGUGGACGCCUGCACUUGGCACCAUUAUUACGUGAACGGGAGGGACACGUCCUUGGAGGAUUUUCUAGAUCCUGAGGUUCUGGACACUCUGGCCUUAAAGACAAAUGAGGUCCUGGAGGAAGUGAAGCUGGCGUCUCCGAGGAAGCCGGUGUGGCUGGGAGAGACGAGUUCGGCCUACGGAGGAGGAGCUCCAGGACUGUCGGACACGUUCGCAGCAGGAUUCAUGUGGCUGGACAAACUGGGCCUGGCAGCCAAACUCGGCCUGGAUGUCGUGAUGAGGCAGGUGUUGGUUGGCUCUGGGAGUUAUCACCUGGUCGACGACAACCUGGAUCCACUUCCUGACUACUGGUUGUCUGUCCUCUACAAGAGACUCGUGGGACCGGAGGUGCUAAGAGUUGAAGCAUUUUCCGAUUUUGGCCGAAGUAAACGAGUGCGGCUGUACCUGCACUGUGCCAACAGAAAGAGCUACAGACGCGGGACGGUCACGUUGCUGUCCAUGAACCUGAGUGAGAAGCCGGCCAGCAUCUCCCUUCCUGCGCUCCUCUCCUCCAGCACAGUGGAGGCUUUUGUUCUGCAGUCCGACCAGCCGGGGGAGGAGGGGCUCUACUCCAGGUCCGUGACGCUGAACGGGGACGUGUUGAAGAUGGUGGAUGAUAAAACUCUUCCUGACCUGAAGGGAAGGCGUCUCCCUCCAGCUCAGUGUCUGCAGCUUCCUGCGUACUCGCUGGCCUUCUUCGUGCUCACAGACGCUGAAGUUGCAGGCUGCGUGUGACCUCAUCCUCAGACGGCGUGUUUGAACUGACCGUCGUCGCUCCUGACGGCACAGAGACGACACUGAGGGCUGCUCAUCACUGGACUAAAUAUGACUUUAACUUUGAAUUGUGCAUUUGGUGCUGUUUAUUUCGGGACAAACGGGUUUCUCUCACACAGCUAAUGCUGAAGUGUCAGCUGAAGUGAAGUGUCUUAUUUAUAGAAAAUAAUGAAAAAUAUGUGACAUAACUUCUACUA